UACAUAAUUUUGAUAAUGUUACUAUAGGAUGGACUUAGGAAAUCGGCAAGGUUUUAAAUCUUUAAUUAAGACUAUGUUAAAAAAGAUGUCUAACAGCUGGAAAAAAGGAUAUGACCAACAUCUACUUACUCAGUACAUUUGGCCUGCUGUUAAAAAGACUGCUUGUGUUCAUGAUUCAUAUCUUUGUAACUCCUAUCCUGCUCCAAAUAAUAGACCUUGGCCAACAAAGCGAAAAAAUGAACCUGGUAACUUUGCUGCUUCUAAUGGUGUUGCACAGAUUUCAUAUACUUGCCCAAAGAACUGUCGUCCAAAAGAUCAUCUGGAUUGGACAAAAUGCUGAUGAAGAAAAUUUGGAAUGCAAAUUUAACAUUGAUUGAUUAAAGAUCAAUUGGAAACAGUUUGAUUAGUUUUCCAUGCACACACAGAAUUUCUGAGAAUUAUCUGGAAAAUUCUAUACUGUCCCUUCUAUAAAGUAAAAAUUGAUAUUGCUUAAAUAUAAAUCAGCUCACAAACAAAAUGUUCAACAAUUACAAAUGCUUCUGUUGAUAAAUAAAGGCUGUCAUCCUGGAUCA